AUGGCGCCGACGUGGACCACUCUGCUAGUGUUGAUGGCAGCUACCGUCGCUCCGUUGAUUACUCAGGCUCAAGAUCCUUCCUCCUUUGGAACACUACAGAGCUGCGAUGACGCGCGCUGUCUGUGGGCAGACCGGGAUGGCGUCGCAGUGUCCUCGGACACGAUGGUGACGCAGUUUUUGCAGGAUGAAGGCAUGGACGCAGGCCCGAGCGAGUUCAGGCGCAGAAUGGAAGAUCACGUGGACUACCUGGAACAAGUGCAGAAGCAUGCGGCUGGUCGGGACUGGGCCUUCUCGUACGCUAUGGGCGUCAACUCGCGGCAUUUGUACCAUGACGGCAGCCGGAGUUUGUCACCUGCCGAUUUCGUAGAGCAGGAGCAUCAAGCAUCACAGCGUCAACAGCGACGCAGACUGACAGAACAGCGCAGACUCGCCAUCCGAGAGACACUAGAUUGGUGCUCAAAGGACAACUCACACAACCAGAGCAUCUGCACUGAUAUUAAGAGUCAGAACCAAUGUGGUAGUUGUUGGGCAUUUGCGGCGGCUGAUGCCAUCGAGACCGCCGUGGUGGUGAAUGCAGGAACGUCUCCGCGGUCAUUGUCUCCACAGCAAUUCUUAGAGUGCAGCUCCAGGGAAAUGACAGCUACGUUCGACUACUGUUGGGCUGAUGGGGGAGUAGAUGGAUCUCCGUGGCUGCUAACGAAGAUGAUUUGGGGGUCCAGGAACAAUGCCUGUAGUGGAGGCAUGACCCACGCCGCUUUCGCAGACGCAGCGCAAUUGCACUGGUCGCUUCUGAGCCAACUGGACCUGCCGUACAACGAAGAGGACACAUCACAGGCGUCCGCUGCGACUCUAGCAAACGCAUGCGAUAACUCGUCAAGUGACAACGCUGCUGCUAGCAUUUCUGGUUGGGAGCAAGUAGCAGGACCUUCGUGCGACCUGAGCAGCGACUCGACCGAGUUGCUCAAACUGGUACUGCAGCAACAGCCUAUUUCAGUGGCUAUCAACUCUGGCGGCUCUUUUGAUGCUUACAAGGGCGGCAUUUACACUUGCCCCAACGAUGGAGAUUUCGCAUCAAGCGGAGAUAUUAACCACGCCGUCGUGCUUGUUGGUUAUGGCUCGGACGGCUCCACAGACUAUUGGAUUCUUAAGAACUCGUACGGCGCGUCAUGGGGGGAGAAAGGGUUUCUGAGGCUAGCAAUGGACUCGAAAAUUAAUUGUGGCCUUAGUGUUUUCCCUGUGAUUCCUACCGGAGCAAUAGCUGGCGCGGCACACACGGCCGUUGAUGGAGGAGGUGAAGUUGAGUUCGUGGGCAUGUCACCUGACAGCUGGAUCGUUUGUGGGAUUGCAGUAGCUGUCGUCACGCUCUUCCUCACCGUAAUUGGGGUCAUCUACGCCAGUCGCCAACGUAACGCCUUUAAGGAGACGCUGUAA